ACCAUAGCCAGCAGGUCCAGCACAACCGCUGCCAAACGCCUCGGCCCUUGCGCUCCAGCUCCGCCGCCGCCCUCCCGAGCUCCAAGAAACCGAACCGCCUUUCUCGUCCUCCUCCUCCUUACCGCAGCCGUCAUGAAGCGCCUGCUCAGGCGGCUCUCCCGCAGCUUUGCGGCGGCCGAGGACGGCCACACGGUGGCGGGGGUGGCCAUGGCGGCACACAGACGCAGGCAGCUCCGGCCGAAGAAGGACAGGGCGGCCGGCAGUCUGCCGGAGGGGCACGUGCCAGUGUGCGUGGGCGAGGAGGGCGGGCCCGUCGAGCGCUUCGCCGUGCGCGCCGAGCUGCUGGGCGAGCCGGCCUUCGCGGCGCUGCUCCGCCAAGCCGCGCAGGAGUACGGCUACGGCCACCCCGGCGCCCUCCGCAUCCCCUGCCCCGUCGCCGAGUUCCGACGCCUCCUGCUCCGUCUCUCCGACGACCCUGCCGCCGCCGCCUGCCGCCGGAUGCUAGCCCGCUAGGCGCCAUCCCUAGCUCCCCGUCUCCUCGGCCCUUUCUUGACCGCGAUAUUUACGGCUACAUCUCCUCUUUUACGGUUUUACCCCUGGGUAGAAUUGUAUAGAAUGUACAGAGGCUGAGGCAUAGUGGAGGGCAGAAUGGGGAUUUCAGAAUGAGGCUUAGUAGCUGAUUGAUGGAAUAACUAUGGUGUCCUUUUUUUAACCCCUUUCUAGUUCUAGGAUUUGCAGUGUGUGCGUUGUGCUACGGAUUUGUGACAUUCAAUAUUAACUAGUGUUAAUACUAAA